AUGAACAACCAGCAAUAUCCUCAGCAACAGCAGCAAGAGCAGCCGAAGCAGACCCAACCCCAAACCCAACAGCAGAAGCAACAAUAUCAGGAACAAUAUCAUGAACACCAACGUAUCUACGUCAACGCUCUUGUCGACGUGACUGUUCAGGCAAUUGCCUCAAUUUGGCCCAAUGCUAUUCGUACCCCCUCAACUGGGGCUGCUCAUCGCCCUAUCGCAAACCUUAAUACCUUCCUCCACCAUAUCCUCAAACAUUCUCGUACCACCCACUCUACCCUGCAACUUGCAAUCUUUUACCUGUUCAGAGUACGUCCCAGAGUUCACGCCAGACACGAAAGCGACGAUGUCUACAUGGCCUGUGGCAGACGCAUGUUUUUAGCUUCUCUUAUUUGCGCACACAAGUUCCUUCACGACAAGACCUACAAAAACUCUGCAUGGAGCAAAGUUAGCGGUCUGGCCGUGCACGAGAUCAAUCACGCCGAACAAGUGAUGCUCCAGCUUUUGGACUAUCGUCUUUAUGUUAAGAAAGACACCUACGACCAGUGGAUGGACAUGCUCCAGAAUCAUCUCAAGAUGCAGCCAUUGUCAUCGACCAACCAAAAGAAAUGUGCACCUACAACCACCACUACGACAACGACGACGACAACAACAACAAAUAUCAAGACCAAGAACGGACAUGUCUCUGGAUCGGCAAUUGUUGGACUCUCACCCAAUUCCUUGUCGCUAGCAACACCUACCUACACCCCAACCCAAUCUCCCGAACAAGAAGCAGCCUUGAAUUGUCUUGGCCUCGGUCUCGGUCUUGGCCUUGGACUUGGACUCAACAAAACAGCUGCAAUUGCUGCCAGUGAGCCCACUUCAUUCCAUCAUGGUAUGGCCACUCCAGUUGAGACCAAUGCAUCAGUUUGUGGUGCAAUUUCCAACAUUUCUUCAUCGUGUCCUACCACUGGUACCAGUGGUCUUCCUUCUCCUCCUGAACCUACUCUUAAGCGAAAGCUUCAAGAUACCGACGAUCUUCACCAUCACCAUCAGUCCAGUAUUCCCACCAUCAAAAGACGUAUCCGUGUUUAAACAUUUUGUCUAUCCUACUUUCUUUAUUGUAUAGUGACGUACCUCUUUUUUUUUCCUUUCUUUAUUUCUUUAUUUGUCUAUCUAUCUGAUUUAAUUUUUUUUUCAAAAAGAUUUCUCUUGCUUCUUUUUUGUGUUGCUUUAAAGAAGUACAAAAAGAUGUUUAAAGAAGUCUUUUUAUAUAAAAAAAAUCAAAAAAAAGAUGAAUGGAUAAAAAAACAAAAAAAAACUAAAAAAAAAAGGUGCUCUUUUUUUUUAUUAUUAUUAUUUCUUUCUGUUCAUUUCUUUCUAUAUUUUAUAUCAAAUCUCCCUCUCUCUCUCACACACACACAUAAUAUAUACAUAUAUUCCUCCUCUAUUGUAUUUUUAUUCUACUCUUUUAUAUUUUCUAUUUCUAUUAGGUAAUACUACUUACUACUACUACUACUAUUAUUCCUCCUCCUCAUUUGUUCCUUACUCCUUACUUCUUGCUUCUUGUUCAUUAUUUCUUUAACAAACCCCUCUCAUGCUUCUUCUUUGCAUUGCUAUCUUUUAUUUUCUUAAAAUAUAUCUUUAUACAAGAAGAAUCUUUUCC